AUGAUGCGUCAAGCAGGAAGGUACAUGGCUGUCUAUAGAAAACUUGCCGAGAAGUACCCAUCGUUCAGAGAGAGGUCAGAGACGACUGAGCUCAUCGUGGAAAUUUCUUUGCAGCCUUGGAGAGCUUUCCAGCCUGAUGGGGUUAUCAUUUUCUCUGACAUUCUUACCCCUCUGCCUGCAUUUGGUAUUUCUUUUGACAUAGAAGAAGUUAAGGGUCCUGUUAUUCAGUCCCCCAUUCGGUCCGAAGAGGGGUUAAAAAAGUUGCACCCCAUCGACCUGGAGAAGGUUGACUUUGUGGGGGAGUCUCUGAAAAUCCUACGCAACGAGGUAUAUAUCACUCUUACAUUCUCUAUGCCUUUUCGAGAUAGGCUGAGCAUGCUUUUCGAAUCAUAGAUGUCUAGCACGUUAUAACAUAUCAAGUUAACGCCUUACAGCACAUAGUGGGGCACACACUUGACCUGAGGUGGCAUGCUAUCAGUACUGGUUUCUCUUUCUACUUUUAUUAACUUGAAUAAAUCAAGUUUUAAUUUUUUAAUGAGAUCAUAGCUCAGACUGAAAGAAAUGUCAACUGAGUCAAUGUUCAAGAGAAGGUAGUCUGGUGCAUCUGAGUCAUCAAAUUUCCUAAAACAUAGAGUUGGAAGAGGCUAACUUUGGAGAUUAUAUUUUCUUCUCCUCUUUCAUUUCGUUUUGCGUACCUGCCUAAUAAUGCUUGGUAACUCUCAAUUUUUUUCGUGUGUGUUCUAAUGAAAAGAAAAAAUAGAUUUCCAGCUAUAGCUACCUUGGAAAAAAAGAUUCCAUAAACAUUUUCCUGAAUGUUUUUGGAGUCCUGGUAUCUGCUUUAUUAUCUUGGUGCCCCUCAAUUUUGAGUUACAUUACUUUUGGCCAAAAUUUUCUUCUUUGGUUGCUCUUUAGACGAUAUGUGAAUAGUAAUUUAUUUUGGAUUGGUAAUGUAGAGAUGCUUAGCUUUUUUAAUUAUUUUCCAUUCAUCAUGAAAACAGUAAAUAUAUCUGAUUGGUCAUCUGUAUAAUAACUGUAAUAACAAUGAUCACAUUAUAACUAAUCGCCAUUUAGGUAGGAGAGAAGGCUGCGGUGCUAGGUUUUGUCGGGGCACCAUGGACAAUAGCUACAUACAUUGUGGAGGGGGGUACGACUCGUACAUAUACCAACAUAAAGCGCAUGUGCCACACUGCACCACAUGUGUUAAGGACUCUGCUGUCUCACCUGACGGAGGCAAUAUCUGACUACAUUGUAUACCAAGUGAAUUGUGGAGCUCAUUGUAUUCAAAUUUUUGAUUCAUGGGGUGGGCAGUUGCCACCUGAUGUGUGGGACCGGUGGUCAAAGCCUUACAUUAAGGAGGUAAUGAAGACGUUUUUUUUUUCCUUAAUCCUUAUUAUGUAUUGAACUAUCUUUAUUCCUUUCUGUUGAUUUCUAUUUUUUCCCUGAAAUUUCAUGUUUGAAACGUAUACUGCUUAGGAUUUUUACUUCCUUAUGAUUUCUUGAAGAGUUUGAACGGAAAAGUAUAAGUAACUGGAAAUAGUCCUGUGUGGAGGCCGCUAAUUUAUUUUAUUUUUUUGUCGCCAAGAUCUGCGACUGAGAACAGUCCAGAAUGUUGGUCAUUCUGUUCAGCGUCUUCCUAGUAUUGGAAGAUUAUUCUGGAGGGUGUCACGCUUUGUUAGGUUGAAUAUGGUGCUUACCGUCUUGCAAAGCUCUUCUGUCUUGAAAUUAACUCAGUUGAGGUGUAUUCUAUUCAUACCAUUGUUUACCUCUCCUCCUAUUGUAAUUCAUACAUUAGUUAUCUCCCCUUUAAGUUUCGUUUGAAAUCCCUGCAACGUCUAAAUGAAAGUGUAGACAAACAGUGUGCAGAGAUUAUACUGCCUUCCAUCAAGAUACACAUUUCAAACUCAAAUUUUCAUAUUUCUGGUGCUCGUUCCUGAGAAUAGAUUCUCUUUCCAUGUUUGAGAUUUUUUUUCUGAAAAAUGAAUUUCCAGUUUAGCUUUCGAUGCAAUAGAGAUGUUUGCUCUUAAUCAAUGACCGUGUAGCUGGAGUUGGUCGUCUGGAUCCGGAAAACUGUGAGUACACCUUUAUGGCCCCCUCUGGCUUAGAAAAAAAAAAAGGGAAAAAAGACAGGUCAAAUCGUCGCUUCCAAGUAGAUGUUGUUAAGGGUCAAUUUCCCUCCUUAUACGACUUUUUAAUGGUAUUCUUCAAUUUGUGAAUUUUUAUUGCAGAUAGUGAGCGCAGUAAAGAAGAAGUGCCCUGGGACUCCACUGGUUUUAUAUAUAAACGGUAAUGGAGGUCUGCUUGAACGCAUGAAAGAUACCGGGGCUGAUGUUAUAGGGCUUGACUGGACAGUAGAUAUGGCUGAUGGAAGAAGGCGAUUGGGAAGUCAGAUGAAAGUACAAGGCAACGUCGACCCCGCUUAUCUAUUUGGCCCACUUCCCGUCCUAACAGAUGAAAUCCACAGGUAUGUUCUGCGAAAGUAUAUGCUUCAACAAGAUUUUGGCACUUUCCGGCUGUGUUAUCAGUCUGGUUUUCCCCCAGUUCAUGCCAAGUGCACCAAGAAAUUGUCUGCUUUGUGUAGAGAUAUUAACAUGCAGCUUUCUUUCUUUCUUUGACCCGAAGGGUUGUGGGAUGUGCGGGACCUAGGGGCCACAUACUAAACCUGGGGCAUGGUGUCCUUGUGAGGACACCAGAAGAGGCAGUCGCGCAUUUCUUUGAUGUCGUCAGAGGCUUGAGAUACGAAACUCUCUUCCAAGACAGUGCGACGAAGCAGUUCGAGCCGGUGGCAUGA